AUGGCCCACACAGGCCCCAGGAAGAAGAGAGCCAGGCAGAUGGGCACAUCCAUGGCUCCCACUCAAGAUAUAAAGUUUCGGGAUUUGGUCCUCUUCAUUUUGGAGAAGAAAAUGGGAGUCACCCGCAGGGCCUUCCUCAUGGAGUUGGCCCGAAGGAAAGGGUUCAGGGUUGAAAAUGAGCUCAGUGACUCCGUCACCCACAUUGUGGCAGAAAACACCUCUGGUUCCGAUGUUCUAGAGUGGCUUCAGGUGCAGAAAAUAAAAUCCAGCGCACAGCUAGAACUCCUCGAUGUCUCCUGGCUGAUAGAAUGUAUGGGAGCAGGAAGACCAGUGGAGAUGACAGGAAAACACCAGCUUGUAGUGAGAAGAGAUCUGUCAUCCAACACCAACCCCGGUCCGCAGAAGACCCUACCACCAGCUGUAGAAAAUAUCUCGCAAUACGCGUGCCAGAGAAGAACCUCCCUAAACAACUGUAACCGCAUCUUCACGGAUGCCUUUGAGAUAUUGGCUGAAAACUUUGAGUUUAGAGAAAAUGGAGGGUCUUGCCUGGCAUUUAUGAGAGCGGCUUCUGUGCUGAAAUCUCUUCCUUCCCCGAUCAUCAGCAUGAGGGACACCGACGGCAUUCCCUGCCUGGACGACAAGGUGAAGUGUGUCAUAGAGGAGAUAAUUGAAGAUGGGGAAAGUGCUGAAGUGAAAGCUGUGUUGAAUGAUGAACGCUAUAACUCCUUUAAACUUUUCACGUCUGUGUUUGGAGUGGGAUUAAAGACAUCCGAGAAAUGGUUCAGGAUGGGUUUCAGAACGCUGAGUAAAGUAAGAAGCGACAAAACCCUGAAAUUUACACGGAUGCAGAAAGCAGGAUUCCUCUACUAUGAAGACCUUCUCAGCCGUGUGACCAGGCCUGAAGCAGAUGCCGUCAGCAUGCUGGUUCAAGAGGCUGUGUGGGCAUUCCUGCCGGAUGCCUUCAUCACUGUAACAGGAGGCUUCCGCAGAGGGAAGAAAAUUGGACAUGAUGUUGAUUUUUUAAUCACCAGCCCAGGAGCAACAGAAGAAGAAGAGCAACAACUUUUACAUCAAGUGAUAAACUUAUGGGAGAAAAAGGGAUUGCUUUUAUACUAUGACCUUGUUGAGUCCACAUUUGAAGAACUCAAGCUGCCUAGCAGGAAGGUGGAUGCUUUUGAUCAUUUUCAAAAGUGCUUUCUGAUUUUAAAACUGUACCAUCAGACGGUAGCCAGUGGCCAGUCCAGCCAGCUGCAAGAAAAGACCUGGAAGGCCAUCCGCGUGGACCUGGUCAUGUGCCCCUAUGCGAACCGAGCCUUUGCCCUACUAGGCUGGACUGGCUCCCGGCAGUUUGAGAGGGACCUCCGGCGCUAUGCCACACAUGAGCGGAAGAUGAUUCUGGAUAACCAUGCUCUGUAUGACAAGACCAAGAGAGUGUUUCUGAAAGCAGACAGUGAAGAAGACAUUUUUGAGCAUCUGGGAUUGGAGUACAUUGAACCGUGGGAAAGAAAUGCCUAGAAAAAAGUUGUGGAAACACUCCCCGCCUCCACCCCGUUUUAUUG